AUGGAAGAGAUUGGAAGGAACGAGUUCGGACAGGGAUCAGUUGCAGAGAUAAGAAGAAGUAUUGAAUUCGAAUUACAAGACUUCGAAGCAGAGUCUUUAGCCGAAUCUUUGCCUGAAGGUUUUAAUGUGGAUGAAAAGGACUAUCCCACGAAAAGAUGUUUUGGGUUGACUUACAACAAAGUUAUAGAUAGAAUACCAAUUUUUUUAUGUAUUACACAUGGUGCUAUUUGGGGGUUAUUGGCUAGGAAAGGUUUGGAAGCUUUGUCAACUUAUAAUGGUUCAUUUCUAUCAAGAGUCAUAUGGGCUAAUUUUGCUGCAUGUUUAAUUAUGGGAAUGGCAGUUGAUAGUAAUCGCUUAUGGAAAAUAUUGCUUGAAUCACAUGAAUAUGCUCAUAAGGGUCAGAUUCCAAUGCAUAGUGGUAUAACAACCGGGUUUUGUGGUACGUUUUCGUCGUUUUCUUCAGUAAUGCUAGAGAUAUUUUACAAGUCUGCUGAUACUAUGCCCGGUAAAUAUUAUCAUUAUCCCAAUGGCAUAUGGUAUAAUGGAAUUUUUGACAUCUGUGUUGGCUCAUUUUGGUUUGUCAAUCAUGGGAUUUCAUAUGGGUAG